AAACAUAUCUGCAAAGCCAAAAAUUUUAUUUCUGGGGAACCAAUGGAAGUAGAAGUAAACAUAACCGAAGAAUCAAAAGGAAUUUAUCAAAUUGAAGAAAUUGAUAUCCCAUUUGAAGAAGAAAUAUUACGAAAUCCAUAUACAUUAAAGUCAUGGCUUCGUUAUAUAGAUCAUAAGUCCGAACAACUAAUAUCUCAGCAAAUAUGGAUAUAUGAACGUGCUUUAAAAGAACUACCCGGUUCUUAUAAACUAUGGAAGAAAUAUCUAGACUUGCGGUUAAAACACGUUGAAGGGUUGAAUCCUGUUCGGUAUGAAAAAGAAUAUCUCAAGGUUAAUAAUUGCUUUGAACGAUCGUUGGUGCUGUUACACAAGAUGCCAUGUAUAUGGAUAGGUUAUUGUACUUUUUUAAUGUCGCAAUGCCGAAUCACGAAGACUCGACGUACUUUUGAUCGUGCACUUAAAGCUUUACCAAUCACUCAACAUCCUAAAAUAUGGGAAAUUUAUUUGAAAUUUGCGCGUGAAGUUGGGGGAGAAACUGCAAUUCGAUUGUAUUGGCGAUACCUAAAGUUGGAACCAGACCAUGUUGAAGAAUAUAUUGAUCUUUUACUUUCGUUAAGUCGCUACGAUGAAGUGGCAAAACGUCUAGCACAAGUGGUAAAUAACGAUCGAUUCAAAUCAAUGCAUGGAAAAUCCAAUUACCAAUUGUGGAUGGAAUUAUGUGAUUUGGUGUGUAAGCAUCCUGAAGAGAUUAAAAGCUUGAAAGUUGAACCAAUUAUAAGAAGUGGGAUCCAAAGGUUCACCGAUCAAGUUGGCAAAUUGUGGAAUUCUUUGGCCAGUUAUUGGAUAAAGUUGACUCAUCUUGAAAAGGCAAGAGAUGUUUUCGAAGAAGGCAUCGCCACAGUAAUGACAGUUCGUGAUUUCACUCAAAUAUUUGACGCAUAUGCGGAAUUCGAAGAAACUGUUAUCACUCAUAAAAUGGAGGAAGCCGCCGAACGAGCAGAACAGGGAAAGGAAGACCCAGAAGAAGAUUUAGAUUUAGAAUUACGUCUCGUACGAUUUGAACAAUUAAUGAAUCGUCGUCCUUUUUUGGUGAACGAUGUAUUAUUGCGGCAAAAUCCGAAUAAUGUUCAUGAAUGGGAAAAGAGAGUCGAGUUAUGGAAAGACAAUGCUGAAAAAGUUAUUGAAACAUAUACAAAGGCGAUUCUCACAAUCAAUCCUAAAAAAGCAAGUGGCAAGUUUCAUGAAUUGUGGGUGCAUUUUGCAAAGUUUUAUGAUGAUGGAAAUAAUUUAGAAUCUGCUCGAACGAUAUUCGAGAAGGGGACCAAAGUCAAUUUCAAGAGUGUAAAUGAUUUGGCCACGCUAUGGUGUGAAUAUGCAGAAAUGGAAUUACGACACGAAAAUUACGAUCGUGCCAUAGAAGUUAUGAGUAGGGCUACAGUUCCUCCAUCAAAUCCAAAUGUCGAUUAUCGGGAUGAGAAUAUACCCGUUCAAUCGCGUGUCUUCAAGUCUCUCAAACUAUGGUCAUUCUUUGUUGAUCUCGAGGAAAGCAUUGGCACAGUAGAGUCAACAAGGGCUGUAUAUGAUCGGAUACUAGAACUGAAAAUUGCUACACCGCAAAUUAUCAUCAAUUAUGCCAACUUUUUAGAAGAGAAUAAAUAUUUCGAAGAAAGCUUCAAAGUAUACGAACGUGGUGUCGAGCUAUUCAAUUAUCCAAUUGCAUUUGAAAUUUGGAAUAUUUAUUUGACCAAAUUUAUAAAUCGAUAUGGAGGUACAAAACUAGAGCGUGCCAGAGACCUUUUCGAACAAGCUCUUGAAAAGUGUCCUCCCAAACAUGCGAAACCACUGUACCUUAUGUAUGGAAAGCUUGAAGAAGACUUCGGACUAGCAAGACACGCUAUGCGAAUUUUCGAUCGUGCUACAAAGGCUGUGGCCGAUGAAGACCGGUUUGAGAUGUUCAAUUUCUAUAUUGCUAAAGCGAGUGCGAAUUUCGGCGUAACUUACACGCGUGAAAUCUAUGAGCGUGCAAUCGAGGUGCUUCCCGAUAAAGAGGCUAAAGAUAUGUGUUUGAAAUAUGCAGAAUUGGAACGAAAGUUAGGUGAAAUUGAUCGUGCGAGAUCUUUAUAUGCGCAUGCUUCGCAGUUUUGUGAUCCAAGAACAGUGCCUUCGUUCUGGGCGAUUUGGCAUGAUUUUGAAGUAAAGCAUGGAAACGAGGAUACAUUUAAAGAAAUGUUACGUAUAAAACGUAGUGUGCAGGCUCAAUAUAAUACUGAGGUCAAUUUCAUAUCGGCUCAAAUUCUGGCAACUCGACAAGUACAACCUCCAGCUGCUACUCAAAUAUCAGCGACUAUCGAGCAAGGAGCAUUAAAACAAACUUCGUCUUCGUCGUCUACGUCUCACUUAAACGAAGAUGAAUCGGGUCCUCAGAUUCCCUCAAACCCUGAUGAGAUUAAUAUGGAUGAUGACGAUUAG